CCAUUUUAUCCGACUUUUCUUUUAUCACCGUUUACCAACAAGCUCGAAAAACAUGACGAACGGUAAAAUAAUUUUAAAAACUUUUUUUUUUUUUUUUUAAUUGUCAAAUUUUGUUUUCGUUCUCGGAACUUCCUGCUUUCCUUUGGCAGACAUUUUUAACGACGAAUCACAAAGCAGCAAAUGGAACCAAAGAACGACUCAGACCAAUCAGGUGUUUCGUUUGUUAUCUCUAAGCCCCGCCUCUCUCAAAAGGCACUGAAAUCGAGUUGACAGGGUUUUGGUUUGGUUUCGGAGGACUUUCUUAUUGUAACACUGCUUCAGUGAACAGUUGAUAAGUUUAUUUAACGGGAAGUAACAUUAUGACAUGUGGACCCUCAUGCAAAUGAUACAGCUGGAACGAAUACAAGCUCAGUAUUGAACGCCUUUUGCUCUGGAAUAUUGAUCUGAUGCACUGGUUUUGGUGGUAGCAAUAAUUAUCUGCCAUGCUAAACAACAACAGCGUUAAAUAGUUUUUGUUAAACGACAACAUUUUGUCGCUCAAGGACUCCAGAUUGUUAAGUUACUUAAGCUGCCAUGGCCUCGGAGGGGAAACCUGCCUCAGGUGUACGCUCUGCAAGAAUGAAUGCUGUCCGACACCUGAUAAACUUUGGGGUCAAUCCUGCAGCGCUGGCUUACGCUAUGACCACCCUGGGAUCUGCCAUGAUAAACAAUAUAUUCAGCUUCUACUAUGUCAAACUCUUUCUCAAUAAAUACAAGAUAUCAGAGGGAGCAUUCCACCAAUCACAAGUGGUGUACAUGGUGUGGAAUGCAGUCAAUGACCCUCUCUUCGGUUACCUGCAAGAUAACUCCAGGGUGCCCUGUUGCUCUCAGCGACGUCUCUCCAUCCUGUACGGUGCUCCCCUCUACUCACUGGCUUUUCUUCUAGCCUGGUUCCCAUGGCGGUCCUACGCCCCUGGUGACUGGAUGAGCGGCUUACAUUUGAUGGUGGCGCUGUGUGCUUUUGACGGCCUUCUGACUUUCGUGCUGCUGGCACAAUGCGCGUUGUUUGCAGAGAUAUCCAGCCACCAUCAGAGCCGACUAAGACUUGUAAAGUACAGCCAGGUGGCUUCUCUCAUUGGCUCCUCCAGCGUCCUCUUCUGUGGUGUGCUGUCCAGAAACAUGGAGGACUUCACAGCCUUCCAAGCCUUCACAGUGCUCGUUGCUAUCCUGAGCUGUGGCUGCAUGCUCUAUACAGGCUUCCACAGUGAGAGCCGUUUUGAUAACAAAGGAUCUCAAUCAGAUGCAGUGGGGUGUGCUGACCAGACUUCCCAACAGUUUGCGGUUUCCUUCUCCAUGUUAAGAACAUUGAUGUGGCAAAUCCUGACCAAUAGGGAUUUUCAGCUAUUUGUGCUCAUGAACUUCUUCCAGGUUUUCAUGUUGGCUUUCUUUAAUAAUUUUACCAUGAUAUUUUCUGAGCACCUGAUUCCUCCAGAUGUGCUUCCAUCUCUGGCCAAGAGCAUCAUGUAUGGAGCGGGAUUCAUCUGUCCACAGCUGUUAGUGUUGAGCUUUCAGAGUCUGCUGCAUGGUCUUGGCUACUACAGGAUCAUCCUCUUCGCCUUUUACGUGGAGGCUGGAAUGGCGGCUAUCAUGUUAGUGCUUGGUCCUCAGCAUUACUAUCUCCUGGCAUUUUUCCUCACUGUUAACAUGGUCAUUAUUCAAGCUGCCUUCAGUCUUUUCAGCUUGCCCUUGGCUGACAUCAUUGAUACAGACCUGAAGUUGUACAAGCGCAGUUCCCCUCUCUCCUCCAUGGUGUUUGGGACGAAUGCUUUGUUCACCAAGCCGGCUCAGUCUCUGGCCCCUAUGAUAGUGCUCAGUAUCCUCAACCAGUUUGGAUAUGAACAACUGAAGGAAGCAGGAAGGGAUUCAAACCCAAGCACCUUUGAGAGCCUCCACAGUGUGAUGUUCUACCUGGUGUGUUUGGUGCCAUUGUGUGUCUCUGCUGUGCAAGUCCUAGCUUGGAGGCCAUUUUCAAUCCGUGACAGUCACACAGUCGACACAAAGUACAUUGACAACUAAUUUCAGUGUUUUCAACAGCUGACUGUAAUUUCUUUACCUUGAAUUUGGGAAAAUUCUUUAUGACUUAGUGAAAGAUCAUGUUGAAAGUAAUGUGCAAAUAUAUAUAAAUAUAUAUUUAUGUAUAUAGAGAGAAAGAAUCCAGGAUUUUGUAUAUAUAUUUUUUGAAAGAAUCCUAGGUUAUAUAUAUAUAUAUAUAUAUAUAUAUAUAUAUAUACACCUUCUAAUUCAAUGGUUUUAUUAUUCUCUACAUUUUUUCUAAAUUUUUGGAUAUUGAUGAUCAUUUGUUGGAUCUGAAAGUUUUGAUAUGAAUAUGAAAUUAUACUUGUGAUCAUUAGUUGGAUGUGAAUGUCUUUAACUGCUGUAUAUGAAAAGACCAAUGAUGAGCCUUUAAUUACUACUUUAUGCACUCCAACUGUCUCAUCCUCGAACACUUAAUACGAUAGGGAUAUCAUGGGAUCAUGAUACUUUGUCAGUCUGGGAGUCCACUACCUUGACAAAUACAGUCCUUUCACUUGUGUUAAAUGUGAGACACUUUGUCCCAUCACUGACUUCUGCAGGUAAUUAGCAGGAACAUACUGUACGAUGGCUGUGCUCUGCAAAAAAAGGACCAAAUUCCUCAAAAGGUAUAUGCGAAGAAUACAGUUUUGUUCUUAAAGGAGGAAUUGUACUUGUUUCAAGUGAAACAGAAGUGAUGCUAACAGUGGAAAUUAAGAGCAGUUGUCUUCCCUUAACAAUAACAGCAACAUCCAAUUAAAGGAAGAAUUAUACCUGUGUGGCAUACAGCAACAGCAGCUAAAGGUCAUAGCCCUUGAACCAAGACUGCUCAUUGAGAGGAACUGACUAAUGACUACCUCCUAUGUAGGAGCACAUUAUGCCACACCGUAUGGUAAAAGGACUUAACAAAAUUGUAAAGAAUAUUUGUUUCAUUUAAGGACUUUCACAUUCCAGGGUUGAGUUUGGUUUCAUGAUUAAGAGCAUUGUCAUUUUGUAGUGCAGACACACAAAAAGACAGACAGCUGAUAUCUGUAAUAUUUUUUUCAGGCAGUAUAUCAUUCUGUUAUAUCCAUCUGUGUGAUGGAGAAAAACUAAAAGCAUUUGAGUUACCCUGGUUACACUCCAUAUCUUGCUGUUGAGAGACUGCGAGCACUGCUCACAUGUAGACUGCAAAUGCUGGCAGCGUCACAUGUCAUAAAGGAGCGUCACUCACAAGUGGCCAGUCCUACAGUGCUCCUGCAUGCUCAUAUAUGGGUCGCAAGUAUGGCUUUUGUUUUGAUGAGUGGAAGAUGUGAAGUGUGCAAGACAGAAAUUGUGUCAUUUUGCAAACUGCAUGUUUGUAAGUUGCAGCUUUGGUUGAAUUGGUCACAGGUUUGACAAACAUCCGUGUUGUUUAAUUUCAUUAUUUAAGUAUGUAACAAGGUCAUCUGAAGAAAGAAAGGAAACAAAUACCACAUACAUGACAGUAAUUACUGUCAUUUUUGCUGUAAACAUGGGCAAAUAGAUAUUCAGUUUACAGUAGAGAGUCAUGAAGGAGAGGAGGCAGAAAGGGAAGAAUUUACUCAGACUUUUAACGGAUGUUUGCGUGAAUGAUCAAAAACCUAAGAGGUUCAAAUCACAGCUUUUAAUUUGUGAAAAAACAAAAGAGUAUAUGUACAUAUCAGCAUUUAUGUUGUCCUUUUGAGUAACAUAUAACUAAAUUCUAAUAUUAGCUGGAGGGAUCUGCAUUCUUUCUGUGGGCAUUUGCAAUAGACAAAAACAGAUGACAGUCACCGAGCAGAAUGUCUCAGGAUGAUGCCUCAAAAACAUAUCAGAAGUUGACAAGUGAUUCUUUUAGAGUAAGAACCAAUAUAACAGCAAAAAUGAUACCUUUUCCUUUCCCCUUUCCUUCAAUAUAGUGUAUUAUUGGCUGCAUUAAAUAUACAGUAAUCUUCAAUGUGCCUUUUUUGUCAUGAUCAACUUUCUAUAGUCAAAUUACAUCUUGAAUCUUUUUUUUUUUUUGAUUAAAUGUAUUUCUACACAACUACAACCUGAAUAUGACUUAUAUUUUUACAUGUUUGCAAGUUUGCCAUUUCCUUAUGUGUCAAGGAGUGGAUUAAUUUAAAUCAUUUUGAUGUAAAGUGCUAUUUUUAAACGGCAGCUUGAACCCUCAAAGCGAAGCAUACUGUAAUCCCUGCUGGUGAAGUUUGUCCUGACAACGACGUGAUGCCAACAUGAUCUGUGUAUACUGAAAAUUUAAAUUACGCUGGCUACUUUUUACUCUCUAUUCCUGAAAGCACCAUUCAUAAAUAUUGUUUUUCUAUCAAAGGGCUUAUUAUCCUAAAUAUAUGGAGGAGGUUUCUGCAUUAAAAUCUGCAAAAUACUGCGUUUAAAUUAAAUGUGACUCAGCUACA